CAUGAAAGUUGUAUGUGCUACACGUGUGUAUGUAAUUCAAGCGUGAGCCUCAGUAAUUAGCCUCUCAAAGAGUGUUUUAAUUUAUUUACGAUCUAUUUUUAAAACAGUAAUUUAGCAGAAAAUACAAUUAAUUUUUAAUUUCGAUAAUUAAUUCAAACCGCAAAUAAAAUGGGCUUAACCAAGCAGUACUUGAGAUACGUGCCGGCAGGUAAUACAAACAUUGUUGCAAGUUCCAAAUGUAAUAUUGUUUUUGUAAUAUUAGAGGGCCAAGAAGGCAGAUUUGUAGCUGUUGGUGCAUGUGAACACGUAUAUAUUUGGGACUUGCGACUUGGAGAAAAGGCACAAGUAUUAUCUGGAGAAAAAGCAUGUGUAUCACGUUUGGCUGCAUCGCCCGAUAAAAGGCACAUUGCAGUCGGUUACGCGGAUGGUACAGUGAAAACCUUUGACUUAGUCACUGCUGAGAACGUUAGUAUAUUUGUAGGACACAAAUCUGAAAUAACAGCAUUAGCGUACGACGCUUUAGGACAUCGCUUAGCUACUGGUUCUAAGGAUACCGAUAUCAUUAUUUGGGACAUUGUGGCAGAAACUGGAAUGUGUCGGCUGACAGGACACAAGAACGUCAUAACUAAAGUGGCAUUCAUGAAAGAACAUAACAUCAUUAUCAGCGCCAGCAAAGAUACAUUCGUAAAGUUUUGGGAUUUGGAUACAGAACAUAACUUUAAAACGCUUGUCGGACAUAGAUCAGAAGUAUGGAGUUUCGUUCUAGUAAACAAUGAUCAAUAUUUAAUAACAGCAUGCAAUGAUAAUCAAUUGCGUGUGUGGAAAAUAACUUUCCUCAACAACAAGGCAAUUGAGUUUGACACUGCUGUGAGCGCUUCAGAUCCCAGUGAGGAGAACGAGGAGAGCGUGGACACAGAUAUGAAAUAUCCUAUGAAGUGUGAAAAAGUUGCUUCCAUGGUAAGAACUGUGAGCGGCCGAGUCGUCUCACUGGAAGUCGAUUUUACGGGUAAAGUUAUUGGAUGCUACGGAUCAGGAAGAGCCAUAGAAUUAUUUUAUUUGCCGCCUGACGACGUGGUGAAUAGUAGAUUCUUGAAAAGAUUAAAGAAGCAGAGACAAAAGGCUCAGCAAGAGGAGAAUAAAGGCAAGGAAGUGCCUAAUGCACCAUCUCUGGAAGAUGAGAUAAAACGCCUAUCCGUUGUUCAAGUAUCCGGCAAAGUGAAGGGACUUGAUUUGAUUGUGGGCAAAGAAAACGAGCUUAGAUUAUGCGUCGGGCUCCAUAACAAUUCAGUCGAAUUGCACUCCCUGCACACAGAAAUGAAGAACACGGAAGCAAGGUGUUUACGUUCGAUAACGGCGCACGGACACCGCGAGGAUGUUCAAGCUGUCUGUUUCAGCUCGGAUAAUCUGGCGUUCGCUACUGUCAGCGGAGAUUCCGUGAAAUUGUGGAACAGACCAACACUAGCGUGUCUACGCACAGUAUGCACAGGACCCGCUUUGUCGGUAACAUUCGUCCCGGGUGAUAGACAUCUGAUUGUCGGUCUGAGGAACGGUCAAAUGCUCAUCAUCGAUAUCGCAUCCGGCGAUAUCCUGGAUUCUAUCCCGGCCCAUUCCAAAGAGCUCCUCAGCAUAAUGUUGCUCCCCGAUUUGAAAGGAGUCGUUAGCGGCAGCAAGGAUCAAACGGUGAAAUUUUGGGAUUUUGAGCUGAUUAACGGGGUGCUCUCUGUUUUGCACACGAGAACGCUUAAACUCGAGGAGAGCGUGCUGUGCGUCAGGAUAAGUCCGAACAAUAGAUUUGUUGCCGUUUCUCUGGAAGACUGCACCGUUAAAAUCUUCUUUUUGGACACGUUUAAGUUCUUCGUAUCGCUUUACGGACACAAGUUACCUGUACGGUGCAUGGACAUGUCCAGCGACUCCACGCUCAUAGCAACCGGCUCUGACGAUCGCAAUGUUAAGAUCUGGGGUCUGGAUUUCGGCGAUUGCCACAAGUCUCUAUUCGCGCACGAUCAUUCCAUAACGGGUCUCUCGUUCGUCCCUGGAACCCAUUAUUUCUUCACCUCGGGGAAAGAUGGCAAGAUUAAGCAAUGGGACGCUGAUAUAUUUCAGAAGAUUAUCACGUUACAGGGCCAUGCCGGAGAAAGCCGGAAUUGCAGCGUUUCGCCGAAUGGGACUUACGUAGCAUCGUGCGGCUCCGAUAAUGUAGUCAGAUUGUACGAGAAAACUAAUGAAACUUUAGUGCUGGAAGAUGAGGCAGAGGAAGAAAGGUUACAGCAGGAAGAAGAACUGGCCACUGGCGAAAGCACUGCUGUACUGGGCCAGAAACAGCAAGCGUUACCCUCCAGGAAGACCGUCAGCAGUGAGAAGGCUGCUGAAUUGAUAUUGGAGUGCUUAGAGAUAUCCAGUCAGUACGAAGCAGAAUUGAGAAACGUCGAGUCCACUGACAAAGCGCCACCGCUUCCUCUGUUGAUGCAGGCUUACAAUUGCACCAACACGGACGACUUCUUGGUGGAAACCUUUAAACGAAUUAGAGCAAGCGACUUGGAGGAGACGUUGUUGCUAUUGACGUAUUCCGCCGCCUGCGACAUUCUGCAGAGGCUCCCCAAAUUACUGAAAGGCAAUUAUCAGGUUGAGCUGUUAGCCAGAUUGGCUUUGUGUUUGGUACAGGCGCAUCACGGGCCAAUUGUGGCCAAUAAAAAUCUCCUGUUCACGUUGGAAAUCGUGAAGAAACUCGCCAUGGAAAAGAUAUCCGCUCUGAGGGAUACUGUCGGUCUUAAUUUGCACGGUAUGAUCUACAUGCAACGCGUUCUUGAGGAACGAGAAGGAGUCCAACUCUUCAAGGACGCCACCAAGAACAGGGAACACAGGAGAAAAGUCAGGAACAACAAGCAGAAGGCUGUAAAGAGAGCAGUCAUGAAUUUAUAAGUUUUGUUAAUGAUAUGGAUAAUAUGAAAAACUUUGUACAUAUAUAGAGCACAUUAUAUACAUAAAAAUAAACAGCAAUUAGACUUUACGCUAAUUGGAAGUUCGCUUCACAA